CUGCGCUGCCAGGAAAUGAAGGAGGUGGUGGAAACCUGGGAAAACAUGAAGUUCAUUGUGCAGCCCUAUUUUAAAGGGACCGAAGAACGUGGUUCUGUUCUGGGUGCUGUGGAUGAGAUCCUGCUGAAUGUGGAGAACGAUGCCAUGAACUUACAGAGCUUGGCGGGCAGCCGUUUUGUUGGACACUUCCUAGUCCCCAUACAAAAAUGGGAAAAAGACCUGUCCCACAUUAGUGAGACCAUAGAGGUAUGGUUGCUGGUACAACGGAAAUGGAUGUACCUGGAGAGCAUAUUCAUUGGUGGGGACAUCAGCUCACAGUUACCCGAAGAAGCCAAGAAAUUUGAUAACAUUGACAAGAAGUUUAAAGAAACAAUGAGUGAAACAGCGAAAGGCCCAAACAUUAAACGGUGUUGCCUGGUUCCUAACCGACUACCAGACCUGCAGGCCCUGAGUGAGGGUCUGGAGAGGUGCCAGAAGAGCCUCAGUGACUACCUGGACUCUAAGCGGAAUGCGUUUCCUCGCUUCUUCUUCAUCUCUGAUGAUGAACUGCUCAGCAUUCUGGGGAGUAGUGACCCUGCCUGUGUCCAGGAGCAUAUUAUUAAGAUGUAUGACAACAUUGCAUCUCUGAGGUUUGAUGUGGAAGGCAAGGGGGAGAUAACAGCUGGAGCCAUGGUGUCUGCUGAAGGGGAGGUGAUGGGGCUGAGGACGCCAGUCCCAGUGGAGGGCAGAGUGGAGGAAUGGAUGACGGGAGUACUGCUAGAGAUGAGGCGGACCAAUAGACUGAUUACUAAAGAAGCAAUCUUCUACUACUGUCAAGACAGGAGCAGGGUGGAUUGGAUGUUGCUGUACCAGGGCAUGGUGGUGUUAGCCGCCACUCAAGUGUGGUGGACGUGGGAGCUCGAGGAUGUUUUUGAAAAUGUGAAUAAAGGAGAGAAGCUCGCACUGAAGAACUUUGCUAAGAAAAUGCACCAGCAAAUUAAUGAGCUGGUGACACGUAUCACACAACCUAUGAAGACAAAUGACAGGCGGAAGAUCAACACUGUGCUCAUCAUCGAUGUGCAUGCAAGAGACGUUGUGGACAGCUUUGUUCUAAACAGUAUAAUGGAUGCACGAGAGUUUGAGUGGGAAAGCCAACUGAGAUUCUACUGGGUCCGGGAACAAGACGACCUAUUCGUGCGUCAGUGCAGCGCUUCGUUCUCUUAUGGGUAUGAAUACAUGGGAUUGAAUGGUCGAUUGGUUAUAACCCCACUGACGGACCGGAUCUACCUCACCCUCACCCAGGCCCUCUCCAUGUUCCUGGGCGGAGCACCUGCUGGACCGGCGGGUACAGGAAAGACAGAGUCCACCAAAGAUCUGGCCAAGGCUUUAGGCCUGCUCUGUGUGGUUACAAACUGUGGUGAGGGCAUGGACUACAUGGCCGUGGGUAAGAUCUUGUCUGGCCUUGCCCAGUGUGGAGCUUGGGGCUGCUUCGAUGAGUUCAAUCGUAUCGAUGCCUCAGUGUUGUCAGUUAUCUCCUCCCAAAUCCAGACCAUCCGCAAUGCUCUCAUUCUGCACCGUGAAAGGUUUCAUUUCGAAGGGCAAGAGAUCAGCCUGGACAGCCGCAUGGGGAUUUUCAUCACCAUGAACCCGGGUUAUGCCGGCCGCACAGAGCUGCCAGAAUCAGUGAAAGCCCUCUUCAGGCCUGUGGUGGUCAUUGUUCCUGACCUGCAGCAGAUUUGUGAGAUCAUGCUCUUCUCUGAGGGCUUCCUAAUGGCCAAGGUGCUGGCAAAGAAGAUGACGGUACUGUAUAAGCUGGCCCGAGAGCAGCUGUCCAAGCAGUCUCAUUACGACUUUGGACUGCGAGCUCUGAAGUCUGUCCUAGUGAUGGCAGGAGAGCUGAAAAGAGGCUCACCAGACCUGAAAGAGGAUGUAGUGUUGAUGCGUGCUCUUCGGGACAUGAACCUUCCAAAGUUUGUGUUUGAAGAUGUGCCUCUGUUCCUCGGACUGAUCUCAGACCUGUUCCCUGGGCUUGACUGCCCCCGUGUUCGCUAUCCCAGCAUCACUGAUGCCGUGGAACAGAUCCUGGAAGAAAACAAAUAUAUCACACUGCCUAACCAGGUGGAUAAAGUUGUCCAACUCUAUGAGACAAUGAUGACCAGACACACAACUAUGAUUGUGGGACCAACAGGUGGAGGGAAAUCAGUUGUUAUCACCACAUUAUGUCAAGCUCAGACCAAAUUGGGAUUGCACACCAAGAUUUACCCACUGAACCCUAAAGCCAUGAGUGUCAUUGAACUUUAUGGUAUUCUGGACCCUGAAACUCGAGACUGGACUGACGGGAUCUUAUCCAACAUCUUCCGCGAAAACAACAAGCCUACUGACAAAGAUAGGCGAAGGUACAUCCUGUUUGAUGGCGAUGUAGACGCUCUGUGGGUCGAGAAUAUGAACUCAGUGAUGGACGACAACAAGAUCCUCACGCUAGCCAAUGGUGAACGGAUCCGUUUGCAGAGUCACUGUGCCCUGCUGUUUGAGGUCGGAGAUCUACAGUACGCUUCCCCUGCGACUGUUUCCCGCUGUGGAAUGGUUUUUGUUGACCCCAAAAACCUGCGAUAUACCCCAUACUGGCAGAGAUGGCUGUUAGACAGACCUGAACGGGAACACGAAACGCUCAACAAACUGUUUGAGAAAUAUGUGCCCAAGUGUAUUGACAUGAUUGUGGAUGGUAUUGUUGAUGGCAAACAAGGGGAGAAACUGAAGACUGUUGUCGCACAGACAGAUCUGAACAUGGUGACUCAGCUCUGCUUGACACUGGACGCGCUGCUUGAGAGUGAAAGCAGCAGUGCUGAGGUCCUGGAGUGUUACUUCCAGGAGGCUCUCUACUGCUCACUUGGGGCCUCGUUGCUGGAGGAUGGCAGGAUCAAGUUUGAUGAGUUCAUCAAAAGUCUUUCCUGCUUAACUGUAGUGCAAGACGAGAAAACCUUGGCAGGACCGGGUGAGAUCCCAGGAUACCUGCCGACUCUGUAUGAUUUCCAUUUUGAUGGCACACAUGGGAAGUGGGUUACCUGGAGUUCCUUGGUCACCAAAUACGUUCACGACCCUGAAAUGAAGUUUGCUGAUAUCCUAGUGCCAACUAUCGACACCACGAGAGCCAACUGGAUCCUGGAGCAGAUGGUGAAAAUAAAGAGGCCAGUGCUUCUGGUUGGCGAGUCUGGCACGUCCAAGACUGCCACCAUUCACAACUUCCUUAAGAACCUAAGCGCGGAUACAAUGAUUACCCUGAUCAUCAACUUCUCAUCUAGAACGACUUCAAUGGACGUGCAGAGGAACCUGGAGGCCAAUGUGGAGAAAAGGACCAAAGGGAACUAUGGGCCUCCUGUGGGAAAGAGACUGUUGGUCUUCAUGGAUGACAUGAAUAUGCCAAAGGUGGAUGAUUAUGAGACUCAACAGCCUAUCGCACUCCUGAAGCUGUUAUUGGACCGAGGAGGCAUAUAUGACAGAGGGAAGGAGCUGAACUACAAAGUCCUCAAGGACCUUGGCUUUAUUGCUGCCAUGGGAAAGGCAGGAGGAGGGAGGAACAAGGUGGAUCCCCGCUUCAUCUCACUUUUCAGUGUUUUCGGCAUCCCCUUCCCUGCCGUGGAGUCACUCCACCUCAUCUAUGCUUCCAUUAUAAAAGGCCACACCAGACCAUUCCAGGACGUCAUACAGAAGGUUUGUGAUAAAGUCACCCACUGCACGUUGGAGCUGUAUAACAGCAUCAUCAAAGAUUUGCCACCCACCCCGUCCAAGUUCCACUACAUCUUCAACCUCAGGGACCUGUCAAGAGUCUACAAUGGACUAACACUCACCGAACCGGACAGGUUUUUAACUGUCGCCCAAUUUGUGCGAGUCUGGAGAAAUGAGUGCCUGAGAAUCUUCCAUGACCGACUAAUUGAUGAGACUGACAAAGCCUUGGUCCAAGGCCACAUAAAGAAUCUGAUUGAGGAGCAUUUCAAGUCAGACAUGGAGGCAGUCAUCAGGGACCCAAUUCUUUUUGGAGACUACAGGACAGCCCUCAGUGAGACAGAACCAAGGGUCUAUGAGGACAUACUGGAUUUUGAUGCUUCAAAAGCCCUGUUUCAGGAAAUUCUAGGGGAAUACAAUGAGAACAUGGCGAGGAUGUACCUUGUACUGUUUGAUGAUGCACUGGAUCAUCUUACCCGGGUGCACCGCAUCAUCCGUAUUGAUCGAGGCCAUGCACUGCUCGUUGGUGUGGGGGGCUCUGGCAAACAGUCCCUCACCAAGCUUGCUGCUUUCGCUGCUGGCUGUGAGGUGUUUGAGAUAGCACUAAGCAGAGGAUACGGUGAGACAAACCUCCGAGAAGACCUCAAAACACUGUACCUGAAACUUGGCAUCGAAAAUAAGAAGGUGGUGUUCCUCUUUUCUGAUGCCCAUGUUGCAGAGGAAGGCUUCUUGGAACUCAUUAACAACAUGCUGACUUCAGGCAUGGUCCCUGCAUUGUUCCCCGAUGAUGAGAGGGAGUUAGUUGUCAAUCAGCUUCGCGAUGAGGCGCUAAAAAUGGGAGCCGGUUCUUCUAAAGAAUGUCUGUGGCAAUACUUUGUCAGCAAGAGUGCCAACAAUCUACACAUUGUUUUAAGCAUGUCUCCAGUGGGAGAGACCCUGAGGACCCGCUGCAGGAACUUCCCAGGUCUGAUGAACAACACUGUGAUAGACUGGUUCCUGCCAUGGCCCCCACAGGCGUUACUUGCAGUUGCUGAAUCAUUCCUCGGUGAAAGUCCCAUGAUUCCCGAGGCCCACUCUGGAGAUGUGAUAGCUCAUGUAUGCAUGGUCCAUACUUCUGUGGGUGACUACAGCAAGUUAUUCCUGCAGAAACACAGGCGUAGUAAUUUUGUUACUCCAAAGAACUACUUGGAUUUCAUUAACACUUAUUCUACACUGUUGGAGGAGAAGGAUCAGUACAUCCUGGCUCAGUGCAAGCACCUGGAGGGAGGUUUAGAUAAACUGAAGGAGGCCAGUGAGCAGCUGGCUGAGCUGAAUGUCAAGCUAGCAGAGCAGAAGGUGGUCCUUGCUGAAAAGUCCACAGCUUGCGAAGUCCUGUUGGAUGAGAUUGUCACAAACACGUCUGUAGCUGAGGAGAAAAAGACACUGGCAGAAGACAAAGCCAAAGAGAUUGAAGUGCAGAACAAAGUGAUUGCUGUUGAGAAGAAAGAAGCGGAAAGUUCCCUGGCUGAGGCUCUGCCGGCAUUAGGAGCAGCCCGCAGCGCCCUGCAAGAUCUAGACAAAUCUGAUGUCACAGAGAUCAGAUCCUUUGCCAAGCCACCCAAACAGGUGCAGGUGGUUUGUGAGUGCAUUUUGGUGCUGCGUGGCCACAAGGAGAUCUCUUGGCAGGCAGCCAAGGGGAUGAUGUCAGAGGCUAAUUUCCUGCGCUCGCUGAUGGAGAUGAACUGUGAUUCCAUAAAUAUCAACCAGGUCAGGACUGUCAAAGGCUUCCUGAAGAACCUCCAGACGAGCCUUGAGGAGAUGCAGGCCAUCAGUAAAGCUGGCUCAGGAAUGUUCAAGUAUGUUGAGGCUAUCAUGGGUUACUGUGACGUUGCCAGGGAGAUACAACCCAAGAGAAAGAAGGUGGGUCUACUGGAGAAGAACUUCUUUCAGAGUAAGCAGGAGCUGGAACACAUUCAGAGUGAGCUUGGCAAUAUCCAGAAAGAGUUGCACGCCCUUGGAGAGAAGUACCAAGCAGCAAUUUUGGAGAAUCAGCAACUACAGAAGGAGGCUGAGCUCAUGGAGAGGAGGCUGAUAGCAGCUGACAAACUCAUCUCGGGCCUGAGCUCUGAGAAUGAGAGGUGGACACAAGAUUUGGAGGAGUUGAAGCAGAGGCGUGUGCGUCUCCUUGGUGACUGUCUGAUCUCUGCUGCUUUCCUGAGCUAUGAAGGGGCCUUCAACUGGGACUUCAGGAAUGAAAUGGUGUACCGUGUAUGGGUUAUGGAUGUGCAAGAGAGAGGCAUCCCCUUGAGCUUGCCUUUCAAAUUGGAAAGCCUUCUUACUGAUGAAGUAGAAAUCAGCAGAUGGGGAUCGGAGGGUUUACCUCCAGACGAGCUGUCAGUGCAGAAUGGGAUCCUCACAACCAGAGGGAGCCGAUUUCCCAUGUGCAUUGAUCCUCAACAGCAAGCCCUCAACUGGAUUAAGAAGAAAGAAGAAAAGAAUAACCUCAAGAUUUCAUCUUUCAAUGAUCCAGACUUCCUGAAGCAACUAGAGAUGGCCAUCAAAUAUGGUUUCCCAUUCCUUUUCCAAGAUGUGGAUGAGUACAUCGACCCUGUGAUUGACAAUGUCCUGGAGAAGAAUGUAAAAGGAGCAGAGGGCAGACAGGUCAUCGUGCUGGGUGACAAGGAGGUGGACUAUGAUCCAAACUUUAAACUGUAUCUCAACACCAAACUGGCGAACCCCAAAUAUUCCCCAUCAGUGUUUGGAAAAGCCAUGGUCAUUAACUAUUCUGUGACCCUUAAGGGUCUGGAGGACCAGCUGCUGAGUGUUAUCAUGGGCUUUGAGAAGAAGGAGCUGGAGGAACAGCGUGAACGUUUGAUCCAAGAGACGAGCAAUAAUAAGAAGCUUCUCAAAAACUUAGGGGACUCCCUGCUAAGAGAGCUGGCAACAUCUACAGGCAACAUAUUGGACAACACAGAGCUGGUUCAAACAUUGGAGGAAACCAAGUCAAAAUCCUCGGAGGUAUUCGAGAAAUUAAAGUUGGCUGUGAAUACAUCCUUGGACAUUGAUAAACUCAGAGACGGCUACCGACCUGCUGCAAAGCGUGGCGCUAUUCUGUUCUUUGUACUGACAGAAAUGGCUCUGGUGAACACUAUGUACCAGUACUCCCUGGCCUCCUACCUGCAAGUGUUUCACUUUUCACUGCGCAAAUCUCUGGCAGACUCUUACCUGCCCCGAAGACUGAAGAACAUCAUGAACACUCUGACAUACAGUGUUUACAACUAUGGCUGCACAGGUCUGUUUGAGAGACACAAGCUGCUCUUUUCUUUUAACAUGACUGUGAAGAUUGAGCAGGCUGAAGGGAGAGCAAUUCAGACUGAGCUGGAGUUCUUUAUCAAGGGUAAUCUAUCCCUGGAAAAGAGCCUGCGCAAAAAGCCUCAGGACUGGCUUCCAGACCAGGGCUGGGAAGACCUUGUGAAACUCUCAGAGCUCUUUCCGGAGGAGUUUGACUCUCUGCCUGAUGACGUGGAGAAAAAUUCCUCUGAGUGGAAGUCUUGGUAUGACUUGGAUGGACCAGAGCAAGCUCCAUUCCCCAUGAAAUAUAAGGAGAACCUGUCAGCCUUUCAGAAGCUGCUGUUUCUGCGCUGCUUCCGUGUUGACAGAGUCUACAGGGCCGUGACUGACUACAUCACUGUCACCAUGGGCGAGAAAUAUGUUCAGCCCCCUGUGAUCAGCUAUGAUGCAAUUUAUGAGCAGAGCACACCUUACUCCCCCAUCAUCUUCAUCCUGAGUCCUGGCUCUGACCCAGCGAGUGACCUCAUGAAACUGGCCGAGAGAUCAGACUUUGGGGGUGACAAGUUCAAGUUCCUUGCUAUGGGCCAAGGCCAAGAGAAGGUUGCACUACAGUUGCUGGAUUGUGCGGUGUCCCGUGGUCAGUGGUUGAUGCUACAGAACUGUCACCUGCUUGUGAAGUGGCUAAAGGACCUGGAGAAAUCUCUAGAGAGGAUCACCAAGCCCCAUCCCAACUUCCGCUUGUGGGUCACCACCAACCCCAUCAAGGAUUUCCCCAUUGGAAUACUGCAAAGGUCUCUAAAGGUGGUGACGGAGCCUCCCAAUGGACUCAAGCUCAACAUGAGAUCCACGUACUCUAAAAUCUCCCAUGAGUCCUUGGCUGAAUGCCCACACCAUGCCUUCCGUAGCCUGGUGUAUGUGCUGGCCUUCUUCCAUGCUGUGGUGCAAGAGAGACGCAAGUAUGGCAAGAUUGGCUGGAAUGUGUCCUACGACUUCAGCGAGUCUGAUUUCCUUGUGUGUAUGGAUAUCCUGAAAACCUACCUGACCAAAGCUCAUGACCAGGGAGACAGCAACAUUCCCUGGGGAAGUCUUAAAUACCUUGUUGGGGAGGUGAUGUACGGUGGGCGAGCCAUCGAUAGCUUUGACCGCAGGAUCCUGACAGUCUACAUGGAUGAGUACCUUGGAGACUUCCUUUUCUACACCUUUCGGCAAUUCCACUUCUUUAACAAGGAUGUAGAUUACAAGAUACCUCCAAAUGGUCCCAAGAAAAUAUAUGUUGAUGAGAUUGAGUCCCUGCCACUGGCAAAUACACCAGAGGUAAUGGGCCUUCAUUCUAAUGCAGAGAUAGGAUACUACACGCAAGCAGCUAAAGACAUGUGGACCCACCUAAUAGAUCUGCAGCCUCAGACAGGUGAAUCUGGUGGGAGCAUCAGUAGGGAUCAGUACAUCAGCCAGGUGGCCCAGGACAUUCAGAACAAGCUCCCAAACUUGUACGACAUGGACGUGAUGCGUAAAAAGUUUGGCUUGGACAUUUCCCCGACCUCAGUGGUGCUGCUUCAAGAACUGGAGCGCUUCAACAAACUCGUAGUUCGCAUGCAGCGCUCUCUGGCUGAGCUGCAGAGGGCUUUGGCUGGUGAGGUUGGGAUGAGCAGUGAGCUGGAUGAGGUCGCUCUGGCCCUUUUUAAUGGUAACAUUCCUGCCAUUUGGAAAAAGUUGGCACCUGAUACGCUCAAGUCACUCGGCAACUGGAUGAUCCACUUCAAGAGGCGGUAUGAACAGUAUGACCAGUGGGUGGAUGAGGGAGACCCCAAGGUAAUGUGGCUAUCAGGACUUCAUAUCCCAGAGUCCUAUCUGACUGCCCUGGUCCAAGCUACAUGCAGGAAAAAUGUUUGGGCUUUGGAUCUUUCCACACUGUACACAGAAGUGACCCAGUACCGCAGCGAGGAAGAAGUCGGUGACAGACCUGGGCAGGGCUUUUUUGUGUCUGGCCUGUAUCUGGAGGGAGCAGACUGGGACAUGGAGAACUGCUGCCUGGUGAGGAGUAAACCAAAAGUUUUGGUUGUGGAACUGCCCAUUCUCAGGGUCAUACCAAUAGAGGCACGCCGCCUCAGGUUACAGAACACGCUGCGGACACCGGUGUACACUACGUCUUUGCGGAGGAACGCAAUGGGUGUUGGUUUGGUGUUUGAGGCAGACCUGUUCACCACCAUGGACAUCUCCCACUGGGUGCUCCAGGGAGUCUGUUUAAGCCUCAAUGCUGACUAAAGACAACCGUCAGCCUCGCUUGGCUUUCAGCUCUCUGGUCUAAAUUGUUAAUGAGUAAGGCUGAAUCUCUGCAAGACGUGAUUUAAAUAUUGAACAUGUGUUAAACUGUUCUGAGCUGAUAUUUUGACUCAUUAUCUCUUUACCUCUUCUCACUAAAUGGCAGCACACAACGGUACUGGGCUCUUUACUCUGGGCAGCAGCUCCAGGGGAUUUCUCUUUGGAGUUACACUGGGCUAAGUGCCAGCAUUUUACAAUGGGUCAGAGUACAUCAGGUCUAAAGUCUACUACUGUUGGGUUGUGAAUAAAUAUUGGCAAAUCAGCUCAAUCAUA